AUGCGUGUGAACAGUCUGCUUCUGGCUCUGCCCCUGGCACGGGGCGCCCUUGCCCUCGAGCGCCGCCUCGAUCUUGACACGGCUGAGGACAACCGGGAGUACGUCGCCAAGAGCUAUAUCAUUGAGUACAGCCGUAGCUCUCUGCGUAGGCGCCAAGCCAGCCUCGAGUCCACCGACGACAUCACAGUCGUCAAGACAUUCGAGUCGGACAUCUUCUCCGGCGUCAGCGUCGAGACCGAGUCCUACAAUCUGGACAGCCUCCUGAGGCUGCCUGAGGUUAAGAACGUCUGGCUCAACGAGAAGGUCGACCUGCCGUCCUUUGAGGUCCACCAGGGCUUCAGCGACGACGCCAAGGCAAUUGAGUACACGCCGCACAUCGCGACCGGUGUCGACAAGCUCCAUGAGCAGGGCAUCCUCGGCAAGGGCGUCAAGAUCGGCGUCGUUGACACUGGCAUCGCCUACAACCACAAUGCUCUUGGUAAGGGCUUCGGACCCGGCUUCAAGGUUGCUGGUGGCUACGAUCUGGUUGGUGAUGGAAUCUGGCCGACCACCGCCAAGGAGCCCGACCAAGACCCGAACGAUUUCAGCGGUCACGGCACCCACGUUGCUGGCAUCAUUGCCGGCUCCACCGAAUACUGGAAGGGUGUUGCGCCUGAGGCUACCCUCUACGCCUACAAGGUCUUCUCCCAGUCCGUCGAUAUCAUCACCGCCAGUAUUGGAGGCACCAACGGUUGGGCUGAGAAUGCCUGGGCUGUCGUCGCCUCUCGUUUGGUGGAGGAUGGCGUUGUCGUCACCAUCUCCGCCGGCAACAGCGGUGCCGCCGGUGCUUUCUUCGGCACUUCAGGCGGUUCUGGUCGCAACGUCGUCGCUGUUGCGUCCAUUCGCAACGAGGUCUUCCCGGCCACGCCCUUCGAGGUCACCUUCAGCCUCGACGGCAAGGUCAACUCGACCAGGGCCGGAUACAUUCCCGCCUCAUCGAACGUUCCCCCCUCUGUCGUCGACUGGCCCAUUGUCCCCGUGACGCUCAACACUGCUGUUGCCGACGACGCCUGCUCUCCUCUCACCGGCCGCGACUUCUCCAACGUUGUCGCUCUUGUGAGGCGCGGCAGCUGUGCUUAUACCGUCAAGCAGCAGAACCUGGCUGCCGCUGGCGCCAAGUAUGUCCUGAUCUACAACAACGAAGGCACCCUGCAGAAGCCCCCUUUCGACGCAGCCUCCCCCGCCCUGAUUUCCGCCAUCAGCGCCGAUGCCGGUGUCGCCAUCGUCAACACCAUCAAGGCUGGUGGUAAUGUUACGGCCGACUUCUCCAUCAACCCCGAGCAGGUGGUUGCCAUUGACUACGAUGCCGGUGGCCGCCCUAGCAUCUUCACCUCGUGGAGUGCCACCUACGACCUCCAGUUCAAGCCCGAUGUUGCUGGUCCUGGUGGCGACAUCUUCAGUGCGUGGUUCGACGGUGGCUACAACACCAUCAGUGGUACCUCGAUGGCCUGCCCUUACGUCGCUGGUGUUGCUGCUCUCUGGAUCAGUGCUCAUGGCGGUCGUUCCAAGCACGGCAACGGCUUCGCCAAGGAGCUCAGCGAGCGCAUCAUCUCCAGCGGUGUCUCUGUGCCCUGGUCCGACGGCUCCGCUCUUGACUACAACUUCCCCGCCCCUCCUGCUCAGGUCGGUAGCGGUCUCAUCAACGCUUGGAAGGUCGUCAACUACGACACCCUCCUGCGCUUCGACAAGAUUGAGCUCAACGACACGCGCUACUUCAACCGGUACCACGACAUCACCGUCAAGAACGAGGGCAAGCAGUCUGUUGAGUACGCCCUCUCGUACGAACACGGCGCUGGUGUCGACUCUCUCGGCUACCUCCCCACCGUCACCGGUGGCCUCACCCGCCGUCUCAAGAGCUUCGCUGAGCUGCGUCCCAAGAAGCUUGAGGUUGGCAUCAGCCUGCCCCGCGACUUCACCCUGAAGCCGGGCGAGAGCAAGACCGUUAGCGUCAACUUCCGCAACCCGGACACCCUUGGCUGGAACGCCUCGGCUCUGCCUCUGUACGGUGGCAAGAUCUACGAGGCUGGCUGGAGGGAACGCAACUGGAAGUACCCCCCUGUUGAGGGCCAGAACGGCUACAUCGGGCCCGCCGCGGCUUGGGCUGGUGCUGCCUCGGUUGAAGUCUUCAACCCUGUCUUCCACAACCCCAACCAGACCUUCACCUUCCCCGUCACCGACAUCUACCGCAACGCGGAGAACACCGCACAGUUCUUCCGCUACUACUGGUUCGGUAGGCUGGGUAACGGAAGCCAGAUCGCCGAGGGCAAGUAUCACAUCCGCUUCGCUACGCUGAAGCCGUUCGGAAACCCCGAGGCCUCGGACAACUGGGACGUUUUCCAGGCGCCUGAGAUCACCAUCACGGGCAAGUACUAG